AUGCGACGCAGCAAUUCCAAGAGAAACUCUGAUAAAGCCAGCAAGUCGGGUUUGAGCCAUCUGCAAGCAUUGUCCCCACUUCCAACUAAAAACCUUCAUACUGACAAGACCUAUCGAUUCAGGAAUCGCGCACUCUCCAUCCGCUCCAACAAGAGCAAGAACGAGUCCGCAACACCGGCGCGCCAUGGCUUUUCUUUGAGCUCCCUCCGUGGAACUGUCCAGCCCGAGUUGAGCAAGAGACUCUACAAAUUGAUCAAAUCCGAGAACCACCUCAUCCAAUGCUACGAGAGUGCGGGCAAGGAACGGCUUUCCAUAGCCACGCAGCUUUCGGAUUGGGGUGAGGCGACGUCGGAUGAUGCUAUAAGUGAUGUGUCGGAUAAGAUUGGCGUGCUGCUCUCGGAAUUGGGAGAGCUGGAGGAUUUGUAUGCUCAUAACUUGGACGAUAGCAGGGCGAUUUUGAAGGCCAUUCGGAAUACGGAGAAGAGUGUUCAGCCAAGUAGAGACCACAAGACGAAAUUGACGGAUGAGAUUGCAAAGUUGAAGUCAAAGGAACCGGAGAGUGCGAAAUUGGUAAUUCUGGAGCAGGAACUUGUUCGUGCUGAGGCAGAGAACCUGGUCGCGGAAGCACAGUUAACGAAUAUCGUGAGUUGUUCGCUUGGUGGAAACGUAUGUACUGACCUUCUAUAGACCCGUCAAAAGAUGAAGGAAGCUUAUGCUGCGGAAUUUGCGGCCACCAUCGAACGUGCUGAGAAGCAAAUUAUUCUUGCUCGUCAUGGUCGUCGUCUUCUUAACCUUCUCGACGAUACGCCCGUGAUUCCUGGGGACGUCCGUGGAGCGUACGAGCACACCAAUCAAGCACGGCAGAUUCUGAAUGAUGCGGAAGAUGAUCUCAAGGAUUGGCAGCCAGAGUUGGCAGACGUCAGUUCCAAUGCUCAUCUGCAUAAUAACUUAUUUUCAGGUCACCACAACCAAGUCCCAGAAUCGGAAUUGGGGGAGGAACAUCAUACAGAGGAGACGGGUGUCGGACCGGAUGGAAGCCGUGUUAGUAGCGAUACUUCGGUCACUACUGGUCUGCCUCCUGGAAGUUAUGCCCCUAGUGAGGUUGAGACGACGAGAUCGCAAGUCGUCGCUUAGAUGAUUACCUUGUGGUGCGUGGAGAUGUACGGUGUUGUAGGAUCAGGCGGUUUGGGGAAAUUGAUUUUUACAGAGGUGGCGUAGGAGUUUACAAGAACCCUACGUUUGAUGAUAGGAGAGCGGACGUUUAAUGGGCUAGGUGUAUAUCAUUGCUUCGUCGUAGUAUGCG